AAAAUGGCUGAAGGAGCGGGCAGGCGAGGAGUUCCAGCGAGCUCAACAGGAAAGGACGGGGGUCCGGACGCAGAGAUUACCGAGCUCCUGGCAGAUUGGAACGAUUUCAAGCUGCUGCAAUUGACGGACUUCUACCGGGACAGGUUGCAACAGGCGAUGGAAGGAGGGGUGCACGGAGUCAGCUCGGCGUUAACGUACGAGAAUCAGUUCAGUGGUCGGGAACAUCGGAAAGUUACUGAGCUCGCUGAUAAGGGAGAGCGAGCGGACAGUUCCAAACUCCUCCUGAACCUGGUGACGGAGAAAGGUUCCCGGGCCCGGAGGGUGAUGUGGGAAACCUUUGUGAAAAUGCGGAAUGGGGUCCCAAAGUUGGACAAAAUACUGAAAGAAAUACAGGAAUAUGGGUGUGUUCCGUCCGAUGGAGCAAACAUCGCUCAAGGUUUACCGGGGGUGACCAGUGAGCUGAAAGACGUUCAGCAGAAACACAAGGAGACUCUGCGGGCACAGACGGAAACACUGAGAGUGAACACCAUCCUGAUGAGGGAGAAGGUGAAGGUUUUCCAGCUGGUUGAUCGAUACGCUGAGCUCACGGUCAUUUCAACUGUUCGAGAUCGGACACUUGUGGAACAUGAGCUGCUGGUAAGAGGCCGGGACCAUGAGGAGUGGAGAGAGAAACAUCUCCGAGAAGAUCUGGAAAAAAUACGGACUGAUCAAUUGUUCCAGAGCAGCUUUUCCCGGAGUAAAUCCAAAUCUGGGUGUUCGGCUGCAGUGGCCGGAGUCCCGGGGAUCGGGAAAACAACAAUGGUGCAAAAGAUUGUUUAUGACUGGGCCACGGGGAAAAUAUACCAACACUUCCAGUUUGUCUUCAGUUUCAAAUUCCGAGAUUUAAACUCCAUUAACUAUAGAAUAAACAUGAGGGAACUGAUUCUGGAUCAGUAUCCUUACGUUGGGAAUAUUCUGGGAGAGGUCUUGAAGACUCCUGAGGGACUGCUGUUUAUAUUCGAUGGGUUGGAUGAAUUCAAGCACACAAUCGAUUUUUCUGACAGUCGGAGAGAAACAGAACCUCGGCACAUGUGCCCAGAUCCCGAGUGGCGGUGUGAAGUGUCUGACAUUCUGUACAGUUUAAUCCAGCACAAGCUACUCCCAGGGUGUUCAGUGCUGGUGACAACCCGUCCCACUGCGUUACAUUUAUUGGAAAAGGCGGAUAUCAAUGUCUGGGCAGAAAUCCUGGGAUUUGUUGGUGAGGAACGGAAGGAAUAUUUCCACAGGGCUUUUGAAGAUAAGACGGUGGCAGCAGCUGUUUUCAAAUACGUGAAGGAGAACGAGAUGCUGUACACAAUGAGCUACAACCCUUCCUACUGCUGGAUCCUCGGACUGGUACUGGGCCCCUUCUUCACAAAAAUAGACAGGGACCCGCAGCAAGUUCCCAAGACCAUCACCCAACUAUAUUCCUACUAUAUUUACAACAUCCUGAAGAACCACGGCCGUGAGAUUGAAAGCCCCCGUGAUGUGUUACUGAGGGUUGGUCAGAUGGCCUUCACAGGAGUGUCCAAGAAGAAGAUUGUGUUUACGGAUGGAGAUUUGAUCAAGUACAAUCUGCAACCUUCCCGGUUCCUUUCCGGGUUCCUGAUGGAACUUUUGGAGAGAGAGGAUUCUGGCCGGAGCGUGGUGUACACAUUCCCACACCUCACUGUCCAAGAGUUCGUAGCUGCACUCGCAGAAUUCCUUAAUCCAGAUCGCAGGGAUAUCCUGAAACUUCUCACUGAAGCCCACAGUACGACGGAUGGGCGAUUUGAGGUAUUUCUCCGUUUUGUUGCCGGUCUCUCCUCCUCAGGUUCAGCUCGGGGGCUGGCGGAGUUUCUGGGUCCAUUUCCCCAUCAAACAAUCUGCCGAGUGAUUGACUGGAUGAAGGAGGAAGUGAAACGUGAGAUUGCAAACACACGGAGUGAAGCUGGUAAAAGGAGACUCCUGAACACUCUGCACUACCUGUGUGAGUCUCAGAACCGUGGACUGGCUCAGUCAGCACUGGGAUUUGUGGAAACACUUUCAUUCCGUGGAUUGCGACUCUCUCCGAUUGACUGCGCCGUCCUGUCUGAGGUCAUUGGGCUCUGUGAUACAAUAGACCACCUCCAUCUGCAGGGCUGCCACAUUCAGUGUGAAGGGCUGCAGCGGUUGGGACCCCGGCUGCACAAAUUCCGGGUGUUGGGACUGGCGAUCAACGGCCUGGGAGAUUCGGGAGUGAAACUGGUGUCUGCGGCUCUGAGGGACCCGGAGUGUAAAAUACAGAGACUGCGGCUGGAGGGGAACCAUCUCACAGAUUCUGGCGCCGAUGAUCUCGCCUCCGCUCUCAGGGCAAACUGCUCACUGACGCAGCUGGACCUGGGAUCAAACUCCCUCACAGACACAUCUGUCCCUACUCUCCGCCGUCUCAUCCUGACCCGCCCGAGUCUGGAGUGGAUCAGGCUGCGGGGGAAUCGGUUCAGUCCGACCGGGGAGAAGGAAUUGAGGUCGUUGCAGGAACCCAGACCCGGACUGAACGUGGACCUGUGAACGUCCAAUGUACUGACAUCCCCGCCGCGGGAUUUGAUUAUAUUUGGCCGGUUUCCCGCCCUCCCCUUUAAACCCGCGCGCUACUGGUUUAAAUCCAAACGGCCGGAAUGGUUCCCAGCUGGAGAUGUGCGCGCCUCCUCCUGCUCUGACGUCAGGUGGAGACCUGAUCACACGUGAUCUGAACGCUACCAUGGAUAUCGGGGGCUGAUUGCACCCCAGUGGGGCCCUGGAGGAUUACAAAGACAGAGUGGUCCCGGGACAAAAUGGGACACGGGUGAUCGCAUUUCAUGUGCGGUGUGGAGUUAUGUCCGGGACACGACUGAUGACAUUCAGUGUUUCCGAGUGGGGCUCACUCUGGGACACCAGUGAUGUCAGUCAGUAAGACGGGGGUGGGUGUAAUUAGCAGGGUUACGAACCUUCAUGGUCACGUUGCUCAGAAGGCAGGGGGAGAAUUUUACGUCCAUCCAGCAGACUGUGUAUAUAGUCGUGAUAAUUUGUAAAAUACUUCAAUAGAUUACCAUCGACAUGCAGCGUUGUAGGACCCGGCCCGGAAGUGUGAUUUCUAAUAAUUGUGCUGUUCAGUUAAGUGAAAACAUUGAGCAUCCAGCAACUCCUUCUGGUGCGGAAGGAAGUUGAUGAAAGGAGCUGAUUGUUCAACCUGCCGCUCAUUGUCGCUUGUCUGUUAAUUGUGCGCGAAUGUCACUGAACUGUAAGCAGCUUCUUUUAACUGCACGUCAGAAAGCUACUCAGU